UCUGGCCUGACAGCAGCUCCACUAAGGAUGACGGAUGACGCGUGAGAGGAGAUCAGCGGGACUGAUAAGCCCCUCCCCUCCCCCUCCCCCCUGCUACCUGUAAAUCUGCGGCUCCAUCUUCCAGCAGGCGGGCGCGGACCUGCACUUUCCGAGCUGCCGUCCGUCGCUCGCUCCUGUCGUGUGGCGGACCUGAGGGAGAACUGAGCCUUCAGCAAGGUGGAGGAGUGGAAGAAGCUCUAUCUAACCGCCACCACGCAUCAUCAUCAUCAUCAUCAUCCUCGGUCCAACUCGUGCUGUCUAUUCUCGCUGAGAAAUUCAGGACUUUUCUUUUAUUCAUAGUUCGGGGAAAAAUAUGUAACAGUCGAAUGACGCUCGACUUCGCCUCCUCGCCGGACUGAUUCAUAUUGUCUGUCAGACUAUUUCAAUUUCCUCGGACUGGACUGCGGUUCCGGUGGAUCCAACGGGCAGGUGGACCGAACAUGGCCGAGCCGCGGAGGCGUCAGGGCGCACUGGCUGGAGCUCCAAGCACUGCUUGAGCCAAGUCCUCACUCUCUGACUGUUAGUCCAAGUGGUGGUGACGUCAGAGCCCGCGAUGCCUAAAAACCGGGAGCGGUUCAACCCGGACCCUUCGAUCGUCAUCUCCAAGAUGAGCAUGAUCAUCCCCUUCUCUCCAGAUGUGCCGUGCGACAGCAACAGCCAGCGCAUGUGGUGGGCUUUCCUCGCCUCCUCCAUGGUCACCUUCUUCGGGGGGCUCUUCAUCAUCCUGCUGUGGAGGACUCUCCGCUACCUGUGGACCGUCUGCUGCCACUGCAGCUCCAAGAAAAAGGAAGUCCAUCGGAUCACCACUGGCGAUGGCCUCAAACGUGCCGACAAGGACGAAGCUGCGGCCAGUGAGGUGGGCUGGAUGACCUCCGUGAAGGACUGGGCCGGAGUCAUGAUUUCUGCACAGACGCUCACAGGAAGAGUGCUGGUCGUUCUCGUGUUCGCACUGAGCAUCGGGGCUCUUGUGAUCUACUUCAUUGAUUCCUCAGAUCCUAUCGAGUCCUGUCAGAACUUCUACCAAGACUUCACUCUACAGAUCGACAUGGCCUUCAACGUCUUCUUCCUCCUCUACUUUGGUCUCCGGUUCAUCGCUGCCAAUGACAAGCUAUGGUUCUGGCUGGAAGUGAACUCGGUGGUGGACUUCUUCACGGUCCCUCCAGUGUUUGUGUCCGUUUACCUGAACAGGAGCUGGCUUGGACUGAGGUUUUUAAGAGCCCUGAGGUUGAUACAGUUCUCUGAGAUCUUGCAGUUUUUGAAUAUACUGAAGACAAGCAACUCCAUAAAGCUGGUGAACCUGUGCUCCAUCUUCAUCAGCACAUGGCUGACAGCGGCAGGCUUCAUCCACCUGGUGGAAAACUCAGGGGAUCCUUGGGAAAACUUUCAGAAUUCCCAAGCGCUGUCGUACUGGGAAUGUGUCUACCUACUCAUGGUCACCAUGUCCACCGUUGGCUACGGAGAUGUUUAUGCAAAAACAACCCUUGGUCGCUUGUUUAUGGUCUUCUUCAUCCUCGGCGGUCUGGCCAUGUUUGCUCGGUACGUGCCAGAAAUUGCCGCUCUCAUCCUAAAUCGGAAGAAAUACGGAGGGAGUUAUAACUCGACCAGAGGCAGAAAGCACAUCGUGGUGUGUGGCCAUAUAACGCUUGAGAGUGUGUCCAACUUUCUCAAAGACUUCCUACACAAGGACAGGGAUGAUGUCAAUGUAGAAAUAGUUUUUCUCCAUAAUAUUUCCCCUAAUCUUGAGCUGGAAGCCUUGUUCAAGCGACACUUCACCCAAGUGGAGUUCUACCAGGGGUCAGUUCUGAACCCACACGACCUGGCCAGAGUCAAGAUCGAAUCAGCCGAUGCUUGCUUAAUAUUAGCCAACAAAUACUGUGCUGACCCGGAUGCCGAGGAUGCAUCCAACAUCAUGAGGGUCAUUUCGAUCAAGAACUAUCACCCAAAGAUCCGAAUCAUCACUCAGAUGCUGCAGUACCACAACAAGGCUCAUCUUCUCAACAUCCCCAGCUGGAAUUGGAAGGAAGGAGAUGACGCCAUUUGUCUGGCCGAGCUGAAGCUGGGUUUUAUUGCUCAGAGUUGUCUGGCUCAGGGUCUGUCCACGAUGCUGGCCAACCUUUUCUCCAUGAGGUCAUUCAUCAAGAUUGAGGAGGACACGUGGCAGAAGUAUUACCUUGAAGGCGUAGCCAACGAGAUGUACACGGAAUACCUGUCAAGUGCCUUCGUGGGCUUGUCCUUUCCUGUCAUUUGCGAACUGUGCUACGUGAAGCUGAAGCUGCUGCUGAUCGCCAUCGAGUACAAGUCUGAUCAGCGAGAGAGCAGCACGCUGAUAAAUCCUGGGAACCACAUGAAGAUGCAGGAGGGCACACUCGGCUUCUUCAUUGCCAGCGAUGCCAAAGAAGUGAAGAGGGCAUUGUUUUACUGUAAAGCCUGCCAUGAUGACAUCACAGACCCCAAAAGAAUCAAGAAAUGCGGGUGCAAGAAAUCGAAAAACAGCUACAAUGGAUAUAUCAAGUCAAUUGAAGAAGAACAGACUGCGUCAUCACCGAAGAAAAAGCAACGAAACGGUGGCAUGAGAAACUCCCCGAACUCCUCACCAAAAAUACUCAGGCAUGACCCGCUGCUCGUACCAGGGAGCGAGCAGAUUGAAAGUAUGGAUGAAAACGUAAAGAAGUAUGACUCCACCGGGAUGUUCCACUGGUGCCCGUCCAAGGACAUCGAGAAGGUCGUCCUGACUCGCAGCGAGGCAGCCAUGACAGUUCUGAGCGGACACGUGGUUGUCUGCAUAUUUGGUGACGUCAAGUCUGCCUUGAUUGGACUUCGCAACUUCGUCAUGCCCUUGAGAGCCAGCAACUUCCACUACCACGAGCUGAAGCACAUUGUCUUUGUCGGAUCACUUGAGUAUAUAAAGCGCGAGUGGGAGACCCUUCACAAUUUCCCAAAAGUCUCCAUUCUGCCGGGUACACCGCUGAGUCGGGCCGAUUUGAGGGCUGUCAACAUCAACCUCUGUGACAUGUGUGUCAUCCUGUCAGCCAAUCAGAAUAACAUUGACGACGCGUCACUGCAGGACAAAGAAUGCAUCCUGGCGUCGCUCAACAUCAAGUCCAUGCUGUUUGACGAUAGCAUUGGUGUCUUGCAGGCUAAUUCCCAAGGCUUCACACCACCCGGGAUGGAUAGAUCUUCACCUGAGAACAGCCCAGUGCAUGGGUUGGUCCGACAGACCUCUGUGACGACCGGCGCCAAUAUUCCCAUCAUCACAGAACUUGCACCAUUAGCAAAGCCAGGCAAGAAAGUGCCUGUGAUUUCAUUCAGUCAGGAUAAAAGCAGUGGGACCAGCAUACAAAUGAUAACUGAACUGGUGAACGACUCCAACGUUCAGUUCCUGGACCAAGAUGACGACGACGAUCCCGACACAGAGCUCUACCUGACUCAGCCGUUUGCCUGUGGGACUGCGUUCGCCGUCAGCGUGUUGGAUUCUUUAAUGAGCGCUACAUACUUCAAUGAUAAUAUCCUCACCUUGAUCCGGACGCUGGUAACGGGUGGAGCCACGCCGGAGCUGGAGGGGCUGCUGGCUGAGGAGAACGCACUACGGGGGGGCUACAGCACUCCACAGACCCUAGCUAACAGGGACAGGUGUCGUGUGGCACAGCUGGCCUUGUACGACGGACCCUUCGCCGACCUCGGGGAUGGCGGUUGCUACGGUGACCUGUUCUGCAAAGCCCUGAAAACAUACAACAUGCUGUGCUUUGGCAUCUAUCGCCUGAGAGACGCUCACCUAAACACCCAGAGCCAGUGUACCAAACGGUACGUCAUUACCAACCCGCCAUACGCAUUUGAGCUGGUGCCAUCGGACCUGAUAUUUUGCCUGAUGCAGUUUGACCACAACGCUGGCCAGUCUCGAACCAGCCUCUCCCACUCCUCCCAUUCUUCCCACUCUUCCAGCAAAAAGAGCUCGUCUGUCCUCUCCAUCCCUGCUACCAACCGCACCAACCGAAUAAAGAGCAGGGACCCGCGGGACAAACAGAAAAAAGACGCAGUGUACAGAUGAACCUGAGCGCGACCACACGAGGAGCCUUACGGUGAACUGGCUCUCCUUCAGCCACCCUGCUCAGUUUCGACCCACUGGCAGAUUGAUUCCACCCAUCAGAGAGGCAGAGGACGACUGCUGAACUGCACCCAGUGGAGAAUUCACCACUCACCUCCACAGCAAACACAUUGUAUCGGCAGAUAUGAAGACAAUCAGCUGCUGGCCCGACUCUAGGAUGCUUCUGUUCUGGAGAAUGACGGUCACGGAGAGGAAAAAACACACACAGAUAAAAUAAUAGUUUUAAAAGUGACUAUUAUAUUUACAAUACUCGUGCAAUGAUGAAAGUUGCCUUUUUAUGCUCGAAACCCAUAUUUUGUGUUGCAGGUUUAUUGUGUACAGUUUGUUGAAAUGUGUGUCGACGUCCAGCUGCGAUUCCCGCCAUAAUGGCAGCACUAGCGUUCUCUUUGCCAUUUGGAGCUAUUUCACAACAUUUGUGACUGUUCUAACAGCCCGUGUCUGACUGACACCCGGCUCCAGCCUUAUCUUUGUUUGUUUAUCUCAGUCUUAUCUUUCUUUGCCUUCUCGUGGUCACUUUUUUUUAUGUCUCUGUUAAGUCCUCUUACGCGUAUCUGCAAUCUGGAAGAGUCGUGUGCAUAAGAAAUAUAGUUCUCUAUUUUUCCAUUUCCAAUGAUGAUAGAGCUGUUUUGCGAUUGACACCAUCUCAGACGGAUCCACAAUGAAGCCUGAGACCAUGUCACAUGACACGUCUAGAGCCACUAAUCGCACGAAGUGGGCAACAUCAAGUCCUCCCUUGGCUGAAAGCACUGCCUGACACAGGAUUGCUCUGGAGGUCCUCUACCUGCAAUCUUCAAUCCGCAACUCAAUCCUUUCAUUCAGAAAAUACAAACAUCAAAAACAGCUCUAUCAUGGAAACAAAGUGUUGACAGUGAUAUCGCCCAUCCUCCUGACUUGUUGUGCUCCUCAUUCACUGCUCCUGUUUAUUGAAGGUUGUAUUUUUGGCACUGUUGUCUCUGUACUUCAUGGAAAAAGGAGCUGUGUUCUGGGGCUCCCCGGCUCCCCUCUCUCGUGCCCUCAGUUCCAGUGAUGUGCCAGGCAGUGCUGAAGCCAACGAAGGACGCCAGAAGACCCACUGCUGCGAAAAGAGGCUUCUUGUUUGUCUGCUCUUUUUUUGUUUCUUCAAGUCAGAAUGUGUUUAAGUUUAUUUCAACACCAACACGGUCAAGAGUCUUAAAAUAGCCCCUGUUCUUCAUGACCGGACCCAGGAAGAUUUCUGUGUUGUUCUUUUUUGUGCGUUUUCAUGGUACAAUAUUCCUCUUAGCCACUUCCUGCAUAACCAACACAUUCAGCAUUACAUUUUAGUUUCUAUGAUAAUGUGCAAUUUUGUUUUAAGGCAUCACAUUACCCAAUAAUUACAGAAUAAA